AGACAAGAGAGCAUAACAAUUAAUUAUUUGCUGAAAAAAGCUUUGGUGGUUCGAUGUGUUGAUGCAGUUAUCCCCUCGUAAUGGCUGGCGCUGCCUUGAAAAGACUUAUGGCAGAAUAUAAACAGCUGACAUUGAAUGCACCUGAUGGAAUUCUCGCAGGUCCACUGAAUGAAGAAAAUUUCUUUGAAUGGGAAGCACUAGUAGAAGGUCCAGAAGGAACUCCAUUUGAUGGUGGUGUGUUUGUAACAAGACUCAAUUUUCCUCACGACUAUCCACUAAGCCCGCCAAAGAUGCGAUUUGUUAGUGAAAUAUUUCAUCCCAACAUUUAUCCAGAUGGAAGGGUCUGCAUUUCAAUCCUGCAUGCACCUGGUGAUGAUCCUAUGGGCUAUGAAUCCAGCACUGAAAGAUGGAGUCCUGUACAAUCAGUAGAAAAGAUUUUACUAUCAGUUGUAAGCAUGCUAGCAGAACCCAAUGAUGAAAGUAGUGCUAAUGUUGAUGCUUCAAAAAUUUGGCGUGAAAAUAGAGAGAGAUUCAAUCAAAUUGCUGACAGAUGUGUUCGUAAAUCACUUGGAAUAUCAUGAGAAAUCAGAAGGCUUUAUAGCUAAAUAUCUGUUAAUUAUGUAAACCCUUGUGUUGUUUUACAAUUAAGGACAAAGGCCAACACAGUAGCUGUCAUAUGUCCUGGUGAGCAAUGAAGAUAUUGCCAUGUCCUUGACGAGGCAUCCAUCUUUUUUAUCACCAUCAACACAGAUGAAGUUGUCAAAGCAAUGAUAACUAUAAAUUUCGAUUUGUUGAGCAAGUGGUAUUCAUAAAAUUUGUCUUACUAUUGUUCAGAUUUUAUCAAUGAAAACAGUAAUACAUAAAAGUAUUACUACUAGGUAGAACUAGGGUAGAAUUGCCAAAAGAACUAGGGUAGAAAACAAAUACAGUCAUUUACUACAUUCAUUUUUGUUUGUUUGUAGAGUAUCACAGUUUCCCUCAUUUCAAAUUAUAGCAUGUAUUGACAUAAAUUUAAAGAAAAAGUUCCAAUUGAAGUUACAAAA